AUGCAAAAAAUCAACGAAAAACUCUCAUUUUUGGUUAAUUUAUUCAAAUUUUUCGGACUUAACCUUGAGAACUUUAAGGAACCAAAGUCAAAAUAUCUCAAAUAUUUAAAAUAUUGGCCAUUUGGAAUCUGUUUCGUUUACACUUGCAUUGUCAUAGCAGCAACAACCAAAAUGAUUAAAGAAUUCUUUUGUGAUGGCGAUUAUAACAUUCGUUCAGACUAUGCAGGCAUCAUAAUGAUUUUAAGCCUUCACUCGCGUGGAAUUGUUGAUUUGCUGUUUACACUGAAUCAGAGAAGAACUGAAAGAAAGUUCUGGAACUUAGUAGAUCAACUUGAUGACAUGUUGGAGAAGAUUUUGGAUAUUAAAAUAAAUUACAGAAAGGAGAAUCGUUCUCAUCUUCAAAGGGUGUUGCUGAUCUUGCUAUUAAACUGCUGUGUUGGUGUCUUUGUGUCCACUAUUAAUUAUAAAUCAACUGAUAAAUUUAAUGGAUCUUAUGGCUCUGCAUCAUAUCUGGUUUUAACUAAUCAACUGAAUAAUAACAAGUUCAUAUUUUAUGUCGCAAUUAUCUGCAAUCGGUUGAAGCUAUUGCCCCAACAUUUACAUAUAAUCAGACUACGUAUCCACAAGCUAAAGGCUUUGCCUCAUAUUUACUCGAUUAUAUGGAACCUAUCUAGAAUCAUUGAGAAGAGAUUUGCAAUCCCAUUGAUAUUUAUGAGACUUCAUAUUUACAUGCUUGUCAUGUUCUAUGGAUUUAUACUUGCACAAGAUACAGCACUAGGAUAUUUUAAUACGGUUCAUAUUGUAUCAAUAGUUGCACCUCAAAUUAUCAUGUGGUGGUUAUGCUACUACUGUAAAAGGGCCUAUACGAUUGAAAAGAUGUUCAUCUCAGCUCUUAAUAGAGAAAGUCAUCACAAAAACGAUACGAAUCCAUUUUGUGAGGAUAUUAUGCUUCAAAUUUAUCACCAAACUGUUAUAUUUUCUCCUAAACGAAUGUUUGAGUUUGAUUACAACUUGAUUGUUAAUGCCGCAAUAUUCAGCGUUUACUUUACUUUUAUUUUUAUUCAAUUCUAUUUUUACUCCUAA